AGGCAGCACGCCGGCCUCCACCUCUAUUCUAUUCGGAACCUUCUUUCUUCUCCAUCUUCUCGUCCGACUCCAAUCUCGCUUCUGCGUCCACAACCCAACCCCUCGCCUCCCCCACGGGCCGGAGCGCCGCCGACGCCCCGAUCUCGGUGCCCGACGCGAUGCAUCCGCCCACGGGGAACGAGAGGCUGCCGGGGCGCCCCGUGUCCGGCUUCGUGCCAGGUAGCGCCGCGGCCGCGGGCCCCCCGCCGUUCGCGGCUGGCGCUCCGCUUAUGCGCCCCGGAGCAGCCGCACCGUUCGCCCCGCCGACGCAGCAGCCGGGCGUGCCGCCUCCGCUGGCGGGCGCUUCCCCUGCGGCGCCGUUCGGGGCUGCGCCGCCCGCCGCAAUGGGUGGGUACAGGGGUCCGCCGCCGCCUCAGGGUCCCUUCGGCACUGGACCGCCUCCUCAAGGACCCUUCGCCACGGCAUCGCCUCCUCAAGGGCCCUUCGCCACGGCAUCGCCUCCUCAAGGGCCCUUCGCCAAGGCACCGCCGCCUCAGGGUCCCUUCGCUGCAGCGCCUCCGUCUCAGGGCCCCUUUGCGGCGGGGCCUCCCUCUCAGGGCCCCUUUGCGGCCGGGCCUCCCUCUCAGGGCCCUUUUGCCACGGCACCUCCACCGUUUCGCCAUCCGCCGUCUCUCGGGCAGCCACAAUCCCCCACGGGGAGUGGCAUGCCUGCACCGACUUAUGUGAGGCCACCGCCCGUGCAAUCGCAGCCGCCGCCUGUGCAAGGGUAUUACCCUGGUGUCCCUUCUUCGAACCCACAGUUCCCCAUGUCCCGGCCAGCGUAUCAACCGCCAAUGCAGACCAUGCCGCCGCCUCCCAUGGGUCCACCUUCCUCUUAUAGUAACCAGCCAGCAUAUCCUACUUCCGGGCCCCCGAUGGGCACACUCCAGAGCUUAGUGGAGGACUUCCAGUCUCUAUCAGUGAGUUCUGCUCCUGGAUCACUUGACCCAGGUGUCGAUGUAAAAGGGCUGCCUCGUCCAUUGGAUGGUGAUGAGGAGCCCGCUAAGGUUUUUGAGGCAUACCCACUGAACUGCCACCCGAGGUACUUCCGGCUGACAACCCACACUAUUCCGGCGUCCCAGUCAUUGGUCUCCAGGUGGCACUUGCCCCUUGGGGCCGUGGUACAUCCUCUAGCAGAAUCACCUGAUGGGGAGGAAGUGCCAGUUGUCAACUUUGGGUCGGCUGGGGUAAUUCGUUGUCGAAGGUGCAGGACAUAUAUAAACCCUUACGCAACAUUUGCAGAUGCUGGAAGGAAAUGGCGCUGCAAUCUUUGCACAUUGCUCAAUGAUGUUCCUGGUGAGUACUUUUGUGCUCUUGAUGCUAGUGGCAGAAGAUACGAUACAGACCAAAGACCAGAACUUUCUAAAGGAACAGUGGAGUUUGUUGCUCCUACUGAAUAUAUGGUUCGGCCACCAAUGCCACCUUCCUAUUUCUUUCUUAUUGAUGUCUCAGUAUCUGCAGUUCGAAGUGGGCUGCUAGAGGUGGUUGCGAAGACCAUUAAAUCAUGCCUUGAUGAUCUUCUAGGCUUUCCACGAACACAAAUUGGAUUCUUAACCUUUGAUAGCACAUUACACUUCCACAAUUUCAAGUCUUCUUUGAGUCAACCUCAAAUGAUGGUGGUUGCCGAUUUGGAUGAUGUUUUCCUGCCAUUGCCUGAUGAUCUCUUGGUUAAUUUGGUCGAUUCUAGACAUGUUGUUGAGUCAUUUCUCGAUAGCUUGCCCAAUAUGUUCCAUGACAAUGUGAAUGUAGAAUCUGCUCUUGGUCCUGCACUUAAAGCAGCAUUCAUGGUUAUGGGUCAAAUUGGGGGAAAGUUGCUUGUCUUCCAGAGUACGCUGCCAUCACUUGGUAUCGGUCGUUUGAGACUUCGAGGAGAUGAUGUCCGUGCAUAUGGAACAGAUAAAGAGCAUAUUCUGAGGGUACCAGAAGAUCCCUUCUAUAAGCAGAUGGCUGCUGAGUUCACGAAAAAUCAGAUUGCAGUGGAUAUAUUUUCUUUCAGUGACAAGUAUUGCGACAUAGCUUCCUUAGGUUCUCUGGCGAAAUAUACUGGUGGUCAGGUGUACCAUUAUCCAUCCUUCCAGGCAACUACUCAUGGGGAGAAACUUAAACAUGAGCUUAGUAGAGACCUUACUCGGGAGACUGCUUGGGAAUCUGUGAUGCGUAUCAGAUGUGGAAAAGGGGUGCGUUUCACAACAUAUCAUGGUCACUUCAUGCUAAGGUCCACAGAUUUAUUAGCACUUCCAGCUGUCGACUCUGAUAAAGCUUUUGCGAUGCAACUGUCUCUGGAGGAGACCCUAAUGACCACACAGGCUGUAUACUUCCAAGUGGCAUUGCUAUAUACAUCCUCUUCUGGUGAAAGACGUAUCAGGGUGCAUACAGCAGCUGCACCUGUGGUCACAGAUCUUAGUGAAAUGUAUCGUCAAGCAGAUACUGGUGCCAUCGUGUCAUUGUUGGCUAGAAUUGCUGUUGAAAACUCAUUGUCUGACAAGCUGGACAGCGUUCGACAACAAUUACAGUUAAAGCUUGUGAGAAGCUUAAAGGAAUACCGGAACCUAUAUGUUGUACAACAUCGGAUAGGAGGGAGACUGAUAUACCCAGAAUCAUUAAGAUACUUACCAUUAUACAUCCUGGCCAUAUGCAAAUCUCUUGCUCUCCGUGGUGGUUAUGCUGAUGUCUCUCUUGAUGAACGUUGUGCUGCUGGUUUCAGUAUGAUGAUACUGCCUGCAAGAAGGCUGCUCAAUUUUAUUUAUCCUUCUCUGUACAGGCUUGAUGAAGUAUUAACAAUGGAACCAGGCAGGAUUGAUGGGUCCCUGAAGCGGUUGCCAUUAACCUUGCAGUGCCUAGACACUGCUGGUUUAUAUCUUCUUGAUGAUGGUUUCACCUUCCUAGUAUGGUUGGGUAGGAUGCUCCCACCUGAGCUCGUUAACGACAUUCUUGGAGUCAGCUUGGCAAACUUCCCUGAUCUAUCAAAGAUCCAGUUGAGAGAAUGUAACAACUAUCACUCGAGAAAUUUCAUGACAGUACUAAGAACCCUAAGGGAGAAAGAUUUUUCUUGUUACCAGCUACCCCGUGUGGUACGGCAAGGUGAGCAGCCCAGAGAAGGUUUCUUGCUCCUGUCCAACCUCGUUGAGGAUCAGAUGGCUGGAACAAGUAGUUACAUGGACUGGAUACUCCAAAUUCACCGCCAAACACAAAGCUCGUGAUAUUGGAUGAACCAGGAAUUUUGUCAUUGUGUAAAAUGUUGCAGAUUCGGUUGCUGCCCCAGUCCCCGAUCGUCCUCUUAACUGUGUGAACCAAAUCAAGAGCUAGCCAGCCAUACGCUAAAUCUUUCUUUGCUUCGCUGGCGAGCAAUGUUUUCUUGUCAAUAGCUGUUGUAUCAGAAUAAAUAGGCAACAGUACCUUUGGUAAAUUAUAUACAAACUGGAGUCGUGUAUGAGUUUGUACGUUUUUCUUUUACUUUUGAGAAUUUUUUAUAGGUAUUGUUGAGAAUUUUAGUUGCAAAGUUGAAUUAUGAUUGAAACACUUUUUCACUGCUGA